UUAAUUCCCUCCGAGACAAUAGGCUCUGGCUGUCGUGUAAAGGCUGUUUUUCUCAGAAAAGCGGAAGUUGUUCGUCUUGCCACGCUUACUGGUACCAAGGACCCUUCGGUCUCAUUCUAUUAUAGAGCAACUUCUCCACAGAAGUGACGGUUCUUCAAUAUUCUAUCGUGUUAGGACGGAAGCUUGGAAAUCAAAGAAACUUGUGUAGCUCGGAUUGGCAUUCUACUAUUCUCAGCCGCUCAUUAUUACUGUUCGCCACAACGGAAGUGGUGUCUGUUCAGCUCAAGACAUUCAGAGCGGGUGGGUUAGCGCCGUUUCCGAGAAAUCCGACACACUGCUACCUACAAUUUCCAGUACCUGAAGGUUAUAGUUGCUCUGUACAGAGAUGGACACACGUCAAGACAUCAUGGGUUGCUCGGAAUGACAGGAUAAAGAUUGUGGGAGUUGACUGAAAAAUAAAAAUUGAUCAUUAGCGGGCAGAAUUAAGUUCUAGCAUUAUUACAGGCUGAUAACAGUCAAUCCAUCCAGAAUGGUCCGUAUGCAUUUACAUGGUGGACAAACAUACAGCACAGAUGUCCAAUAUGCCUUGAGAACAUGGUUAAACCCCAAACUAUUAAGUGUGGUCAUGUAUUUUGCCAAGAUUGCUUAAGUCAAGCUCUGAGGAUAUUAAAUGUUUGCCCCAUUUGUAAGGAGCCACAAGGAAUCGUGACAGGGAAUCAACCACCAGGGCAGAUGACUUCGUCCACUCUGCAUUCCAGUCUCCCAGGUUACUAUGGAUGUGGUACCAUCUGCAUUCACUAUUCUUUUCAAUCAGGAAUUCAAGGCCCAGAGCCCCCAAACCCUGGUCAGCGGUACAGUGGGACGCAUCGUACUGCGUAUUUACCUGACAAUCCCGAGGGUAGAGAAGUCUUGCAGCUGCUACAUAGAGCUUUCAAUGCACGUUUGGUUGUCACUGUGGGAACCUCCAUAACAACGGGACUACCCAAUCAGAUCACGUGGAAUGAUAUACAUCACACGACAAAUACAUCAGGUGGUGCCCACGGGUUUGGUUAUCCCGACCCACAUUACCUUCAACGAGUUAGAGAAGAUCUUGCGGCAAAGGGAAUCCGUUGAUCUGGUUGGCCGCUGUCUGCAGCAUUGAGAAAUAAAAUAUUGUAUGCGAUGUUGUGAACGUCACGAAGGGCGUGCCAAUCAUUGGUGAAAUGACUACUUAGAAAUAGACAACUAUUCGCAUAUUGUGAUAUGUUCAGCUUACCCUACAACCAUCGACUGCCACAUAUUCCUUUGUGAAGGAAGAAGAGAGACCGAACAAAAUUUCGUUGAUUGUGUAAUGUUUUCUUAUGUUUUGAAGGAAAUGUCGCUUGAACGUUUUUCAACACAACGAUGUAAGUUAUAUUUUACUUAGUGUUGCAUGUAAAACCUGAUCAGGUAGCAUUUCAAUAAAAAAUUGGCUUUUUAACGCUUA